UUGACGGCAUCACCGUUUCACAGCAACUUCAUCACCACGCCAACCUCAAAAUGUCAACGCCAGAACACUUCGUAACACCAACUUCCUCAACAGCGCGUAUCCAUUACAGCGAAGACUUACCAACCGGGAGCGGUCAAUACAGCCAAACCUACACGAAUAACGGCGGUCAAGUAUCACAGGGUGCCACACCGCAUGGUUCACCGCAGCUCACACAACGGCUAGGCCGUCAUCUGAGUAAAUCCGCAACGGAAUUGAAUGGACACGACUGCCACGGUGAACGUGAUUCGCCACGCACAUCGCCGAAACGUGCCAAAAGCGCCGCCACAGCGCACAGUGGUGGCGGUUCGGGAUCGGGCCACAGCAGUAGUGGUGGUGUCUUCCAUAAGACGCAUGGCUUUUUCAAUACGCUGAAACAUCGUUGGAAUCGCGCGAAGAGUAAGGAUCGUAGUGGUCGUAAAUCGCCCAGUGAUUUUCUUGAAGAGAGCACCGACUAUGCAGCUGAUUAUAGUUCCGAGAGCAGUUCAGUUACGCAAAGUCCACGACAUCGUGCCACGACGAUAGGUGGUUCACCAUUGGCGAAAGAUUUUAGCGCUUCGGCGAGAAUGGCACAAAUGGUACAUCGCUUUGGUGGCUCCAUGGAGGGACGUAUCGAGGAGCAUCCUGAGAAUGGUAGCGGCAAUGGAAGUGCUACUGGUGGCAAUGGUGUUGGUGGUGGAAGUGCCACAAUGGAGGAUUAUGCAGCACCGAAUCCAAUAGAAGCGCUGAAGGCGGAAGAGUUGCGCCGCAAAAAGGAAGCACAAUUACGACAGUACGUCUUUUUUCAGUUACGCGUUCAUCUGAAGAGCGGCAGCGACUUGAUGGCCAUGGACAAAAAUGGUCUAAGUGAUCCUUAUGUUAAGUUCAAAGUUGGCGGUCGCCUCCUGCAUAAAUCACGUACCAUUCAUCGGGACCUGAAUCCGGUGUGGGAUGAAGUGUUCAUUGUACCCAUCGAAGACCCUUUUCUGCCAAUCAAUAUAAAGGUAUUCGAUUACGAUUGGGGCCUGCAGGAUGAUUUCAUGGGUUCCGCACAAAUAGACUUAACCCAACUGGAAUUGGGUAAAGCAGAAGAUCUCUGCCUGCCAUUACAUGAUACGAAUCACCCAGAGCGUCAGAUGGGCGAAAUACUCGUAAAUCUAACACUUUGGCCACGCAGUCAAGAGGAUAAGGAAAUGCACUUCCAGCGUAACACCAAAUUGGCCGAGUCAUCGAAGCGUUUGAAAUCACAAAUCUGGAGCUCGGUCGUCACGAUAUUGUUGGUCAAAGCCAAAGAUCUGCCAUUGGCCGACGAUGGCAGCAAACUCACCGACAUACAUAUUAAAUUCAGACUCGGCAAUGAGAAGUACAAAAGCAAGUCUUCCUGGACCGAACGUUGGUUGGAGCAAUUCGAUUUGCAUCUCUUCGAUGAGGAUCAAAAUCUUGAAAUCUCACUGUGGAAUCGCAAUGCACUCUACGGCAAGGUCAACAUCGAUUUGAGUGUAUUCCAGCGUGAAACCACGCAUUGCAUCUGGCGUGCCUUUGAAGACUGUUCCGGCGAAGUGUUUCUUAUGUUGACGAUAAGUGGCACCACUGCUCUAGAAACCAUAACCGAUCUCAAGGCGUACAAAGAGGAUCCGCGCGAGAUGAAAAUUAUGCGUGAUCGUUAUCGUUGGCAUCGUUGUUUUCAGAAUUUGCGCGAUGUUGGUCAUCUGACGGUGAAAGUUUUCGGUGCGAUAGGUUUGGCGGCAGCCGACAUUGGUGGCAAGUCCGAUCCAUUUUGUGUGCUCGAGCUGGGAAAUGCGCGUUUGCAGACACAAACGGAAUACAAGACGUUGACGCCGACAUGGAAUAAGAUAUUUACUUUCAACGUAAAGGACAUCACCCAAGUACUUGAAAUCACCGUGUAUGAUGAAGAUCGUGAUCAUCGUGUAGAAUUUCUCGGCAAAUUAGUCAUACCAUUACUUCGAAUCAAAAAUGGCGUGAAGCGCUGGUAUACGCUGAAGGAUAAAAAUCUGUGCGUUCGCGCUAAGGGACUAUCACCACAAAUCUGCCUUGAGAUGACUGUUAUUUGGAAUGAUGUACGCGCCGUUUGCCGCAUAUUGCAGCCGAAAGAGGAGAAACUCAUACAGCAGGAAGCGAAAUUCAAACGGCAACUUUUUCUGCGUAACGUGAACCGGCUGAAAGUGAUCAUAAUGAAUAUCUUGGACGCGGCGCGUUAUGUACAAAGCUGUUUCGAAUGGGAGUCACCGUUGCGUUCGGCGAUUGCUUUUACUCUAUGGAUAUUGGCAUGCGUCUAUGGCAAUUUGGCAACCAUGCCAUUAGUGUUGUUGCUCAUCAUAGUCAAAAACUGGCUGGUGCGCAUGAUCACCGGUACGAGCAAUGAUCCUGCCGCUGGGUACUAUGAUUACGAUUACGAUGAGGAUGAUGACGAUGAUAAGGAGAAGGAGGGGAAGAAAUCGAUUAAGGAGCGUCUGCAAACCAUACAGGAAGUAUCGCAGACAGUGCAAAAUACCAUUGGUUAUCUGGCCUCGUUGGGCGAAAGCACUAAAAAUACUUUAAAUUUUUCCGUCCCGGAAUUGACGUGGCUGGCAGUGGUGCUGCUGACUGGCGCUAUUGUUGUUUUACAUUUUAUUCCCAUACGCUUCUUGCUGCUCUUCUGGGGUAUCAUGAAAUUCUCACGCCGCAUUUUACGCCCAAAUACAAUACCCAACAACGAGUUGCUGGAUUUCCUAUCACGCGUGCCAGAUGAUGAACAAAUUAAUCAAUACCGCGAACUGCCGCCCACCGCACCCACCGAUCAGUCGCGCAAUAAUCCCAAGAAGAAAAUCAAAGCCUCAUAGUCCAUUGCUAAUGUAGAUAUCAGCGAAGCUGCGCUACAACAUUUGCAGGACUCGUCGAUGGCGCAGCAAUACAUUCGAGCCAAUGAAGCUGGCAGUAGCGCCGCCAUGCUGCCGCAACAUGUUGUCAACGUGUCGACACGCUCCGUGCGCAACAUGUUCAAAGCGAGUCGCGAGAACUUGAAACAACAGCUCCACAAGGCUUACGGUAAAGGUGUAAAAAAAUCGAAUUAGCGGAAUUUGUAUAAAUUAAUUAGAUGGUUAAACAAAUGUUCAUAGACAAAAUACUAUAGAAUAUCAGAAAAAAAUAAUGAUAGAACAUAAAAUCGAGUAGAUAAAGUAAUUAAUUCAUUAAAGUAAUUAGUAAAUGAAUUUAGUGUUGUUUUUUCGAAAACUUAAGCAAUUUAAUGAAAAUACAAACAACGCACUUCCAAGUUCCAAAGCUCACACAAUUAAACUCAAACUUAUGCAAUUAACUGAUAACUAACUAACAAUUGAAAUUUUUACUUACAAAUAUACACUGAUAAUAUACAUACAUUAUAUACUUGUAUGUAUGUAUAUGUAUUUAUUGCAGACAAAUCUCACUAUUUACAAAAAUCAAGCAGUAGCUUAGCACUUUUAAAAAUCAAUGUAACUCGAAUACAAUUUAAUGCAAUUAUUUGUAAAUAUAUACCUAAACACAUACAUAGAUGCGUAUGUAUGUAGACAAUUAUUUUUUAAGCCCAUUUGACUUGUACGCAACCUAAGCAUUCUUAAUUUUUUUAUGGCAAACGUGAAAUUGAGAUUUUGUAUACGUAGAAGUUGUGAGUAUUUAUAGAUAUUUAAAAAAUGUAUGUACUCGUGCAUAUGUACGGAUGUAUAAUUGUAGUCAGUUAAUUAUAUUAAAGCGAUUUGUUACAGA